AUGGCCUCCAAGCAGUUCACGCGGGACGAGGUUGCCAAGCACAACAAGGAGGGAGACCUGUGGGUCGUCAUAGACGCCAAAGUCUUUGACCUCUCCCGCUUUGCCGACCUGCACCCUGGCGGUGCCAACGUUCUAUACGCGGACGCCAUCGCAGGACAGGACGCCACCAACGCCUUCUUCGGCUUGCACCGUCACGAAGUCCUCCUCCGCCCCCAGUACGCCCGCCUGCAAAUCGGCACCAUCACCGGCGAGAAGGAGCGCAUCAAGGCCCCUGUCCCCGGCCAACUCUCCAAGGUCCCCUAUGCCGAACCCACCUGGCUCUCCGCGGGCUUCAAGAGCCCGUACUACACGGACAACCAUCGCGCGUUCCAGACGGCCGUGCGCAAGUUCUUCGAGGAGACCGUGCGACCAGAGGCGAUCAAGGUGGAGGAGAAUGGGAAGAAAGUCUCGCAGGAGUUGGUGGACAAGAUGGCGGACCUGAACUUCUGGGCUAUGCGGCUGGGGCCUGGGAAGCAUCUGAAGGGGAAGACGCUACUUGGAGGUGUGGUCAAGCCGGAGGAGUUUGACUACUUUCAUGAGUUCAUCAUCAACACCGAAAUGGCUCGCUUUAGCUGCCGCGGCUUCGUCGACGGCCUGCUGAACGGCCUGGUCAUUGCCUUACCACCCGUACUCAACUACGGCACCCCUGAACUGCAGGAGCGCGUCGUACCAGAGAUCCUGUCAGGAAAGAAGUACAUCGCCCUCGCAAUCACGGAGGCAUUUGCUGGAAGCGACACGAACGGCUUGCAGACGUUUGCUGUCCGGGACGGUGACCACUGGGUUAUCACCGGGACGAAGAAGUGGAUUACGAACGGGACGUUCGCGGAUUACUUCACGACCGGGUGCAAGACGGAGACGGGCUUCACGGUCAUCUUGAUUCCGCGAGGAGAGGGUGUGUCCACCAAGCCCAUUAAGACAGCCUACUCGUCGACGGCAGGGACGGCAUAUGUGACCUUCGACAAGGUCCGUGUUCCCAUCGGUAACACGCUCGGCCCAGUAGGCAAGGGCAUGAACGUCAUCCUCACCAACUUCAACCACGAGCGCUGGAUGGUCUCCGGCACCGCGCUCGGUGCACAGCGCACCAUCGUCGAGGAGUGCCUCAAGUGGGCGACGCAGCGCGUCGUGUUCGGCAAGCCGCUCACCGCGCAGCCGGUUAUACGGGCGAAGCUGGCGAAUAUGAUUGCGCGGGUGGAGGCGGGGCAGAGCUGGAUGGAGGCGGUGACGGAUCAGAUGAAUAAUAUGACUUACGCGCAGAUGUCGAGCAAUCUCGCGGGCCCGAUUGCGCUCAUGAAGCAGUUCAUCUCGAAGUCAGGGAGGGAGACCGCGGAAGAUGCCACGCAAAUAUUCGGCGGCCGCGGGCUCACCGUCACUGGUAUGGGCAAGCUCGUCGAGAACUACCAUCGGACAUCCGGCUUCGACGCGAUACUGGCAGGUGCCGAGGACGUCUUGGGCGACUUGGGCGUACGGCAAGCGAUCAAGAAGAUGCCGGCGGACGCCCGGCUAUAA